UUCCUCCUCUCCAAAUGACAGGUUCCAGCGGGAGGGAACGGAAUGGGACCUUUCAAUGAAUACCAUAAGGAUCAGAAGGUGCGAGAGAAGGAAAGCUCACGCAGCCGCAUCCCGAGACUGGUCCUCCGCCCGUACCGACCCAAACACAAGGGAUCGCCUUCUCCUGAAUCCCCCUUUUCCGAGGAGGAGCGGGAGAGCCGCGAUUACCAGCAGAGCCCCGGCCAACCCCGGGCAGCCGUCUCCAGCAGCCUGAGCUGCUGCUCCGAUGACACCGGGUGUCCCAGCAGUCAGUCAGUGUCUCCUGUUAAAUCUCCUUCAAAAUUGGCAAGCAGCCCAUUGGCAUUUCCUGCUGUGAAUGAGGAGGAGGAGGGUGGAAGAAAAUUGAACAGUGGCACUGAACCGGAGUGGAACACGCAACACUUCAGACACAAGAAAGACCAGAAGCUAUGUCUGGUGCAGCCAGGCAGUGAAGCUGACUUCAGUUCCUCCAGCAGCACUGGUAGCAUUUCUGCACCUGAAGGUCUUAUGUCCAAUACAGGCAGCAAGCGGAGCUCAGCCUCCCGGAGCCGUGGUGUGUACGGAAGAAGUAAUGCUUCCAGUGGCCAUAAACAGCCAGGGAGCCCAAUUAUUCCACGGGAGAAGGAUACUGUUUUGAGCGUCUAUCGAAAUACAGCCGGUAUCCGGGAUACCUAUGGAGCUUCGUCUCGCAGUAGCAGCAGUAACUCCGGUUCAUACAAGGGCAGUGACAGCAGCCCAACCAUCAGGCGAGCUGGUAAAUACACCUCUUGCAGUGAUAAUCAUGGCAUUAAGCCUCCAAACCCGGAGCAGUACUUGACCCCACUGCAGCAAAAGGAGGUCACCAUUAGACACCUGAGGACAAAACUAAAGGAGUCAGAAAACAAUCUUCAAGAGAGGUGGGAAUCUGAGGUUGUUGAUCUCAAGUCCCAGCUUGCGCGCAUGCGAGAAGACUGGAUUGAAGAGGAAUGUCAUCGAGUUGAAGCCCAGCUGGCACUAAAGGAAGCUCGGAAGGAGAUCAAACAACUGCGGCAGGUGAUUGAUACCAUGAAGAACAGUCUGGUGGAGAAAGAUAAAGGAGUGCAGAAAUAUUUUAUUGAUAUUAAUAUCCAAAACAAAAAGCUUGAGUCUUUGCUGCAGAGCAUGGAGAUGGCUCAGAAUGGGGCUCUAAGGGAUGACCAAGCUGUGGACUAUAUGUGCACUUCACCAGUGAAGGCUUUAGCACGUAGCACAACUUACACAAAAAUGACCGAAGGCACAGGCUUGGAAGAUCAAGCGGUUGAAGCAAUGGCUGAUAGUGGUCUGCUUGCCAAUGAUGACAUGGCAAGCAGAGCAGAUCUCUUUGACCAAAUUUUGAAGUCGACAGCCAUUGAAGGUGUCUCUGGAGGUGUCUCCUGGGUGCAAGCUAAUGAAAUGCCAGUCAAGCUUGCUAACAGUGCCACAUUUGACAUUUCUGCUCAAAGUGGUAUGCUCUUUGUGACUGAUGACAAUCGACUGGUCAGGGAGCAGGCCAUCCAGACUGAUUUAGUGCCCUAUGGACCUGAUGUACAGAAGCUCAUUCUACACUUACUGAAAUCACAGGACAGCAGCCCGAUCAGUCCCAUAUCUUCAACCUGGAUGACAGAUGCUGGUCAAGCAGCAUGUGCACCCAAGUUGGAUACUAUGAUUACCAAUGCUUUGGUGGAUUCAACACCAAACAAUCCCAAUAUUGGAAUUUUAGUGUCUAAAUCAGAAUCUGUUAAUCUCCUUAACAGCCCAGAGACCUGUAAUUACAGCGAACAAACCGAGCUUUCACCUAGAAUAAGCAAUGUGAUAGAUCUUAAUUUUGCAUUUGAACUAGCUGGAAAUGAGCGCAGUGUCUCUCGAGCGCACCUUUUAGAGCAGCCGUCUGCAGUGUGUGAGAGAAGCUAUUGGAGCAACCAUUUUAUCAUCGAUCUGUUGGCAGUAGCUGUGCCAGUAGUUCCAACUCUGGCCUGGGUACUUGCCACACACAGGGGUGGAAUGGACCCACUGUACAACAUCGGCACUCUGAUGCGUGGAUGCUGUUUGGUGGCUCUGCACUCGCUGCGUCAUUCACCUCGUACAUUGUUCCGCCGUCCCAGUAAUGCACAGAAUCCCACUAACUGCACUUAAACUUCAUGUUAAUUCAGUACACUUGAAAUUACUGGAAUUGGCUGAUCAAACCUCCUUUUAACAUGUGGCUAGAUACCAUUUCAUCACAUCAGUAGGUUUAAUUUGCACUGUUGAUAAAUUAUAAAUAUAUUCCUUUAUUUAAGAUGUGCAUUUUAGAGAUCACAGGCUAUUUUGAAAGGAUACUUUAUUAUAUGGAUGCUUCGCGAAUGAGAAAAGAAGAAACUUAGUGGCCAAACUGAACCCACAAACAAGCCUUAACAAUAAAUAGGCUUUGUGUUUGCUUAUUUUUAAAUGUCAUGAUAAUGGUAGUUAAAUGUAAAACACAAAGUGUAAGGGACCGAGAAUAUUUAAAACUAUACUGUCACGACUCUAAAGUACAUCUAAGCACAGGUUAAUUCCAGAGUAAAGCCUGCCAUCAAGGCUUUUGAACAGAAGAUACUGAACAUUGAACCUUCUGAGGCAGCUGGCUCCAGUCUGCUUUAAUAAGAUUUUAUGAUUCACAUGUGUCUCAUGUUGUCGCUUGUGAGAAUGUGCAGUUGAAUGGUUAUGCUGUUUUUUACAUAGAUGUUAAAAACUGAUUGCAACCAAUGCUUCUUAGCUUUUCGCCUGUGGUUUCUUUAGUAAUACCAGAAUCCUGGCACUUCUGUUACAGUUACGGUCGUUUUUGCGCCAGCAUUGAUUACUUGGAACGUAAUGUCACAGUGACCUGUAGAAGUGUUACUAGGUAAUAUACAUGGAGAUGUUUUAAAAUAGUGAACAAGUUGCUUCCGUGUGUGUGUGUUUGCUUCUGGCAGAAUUUGCAUUUUUAUGAUUUGUAUGUUUGUGCUGUGUAUGAGCCACGUGCAAUAUUGCUGAAUAAUUGUUUACUUUCAGUCACUUUUCUUUACUGUACUUCAGAUGUUUCUAAAUUAAAGACUAUAAAUUUAUUAUUAAAUUAAAGCAUGCCAAAAGUU